AUGAUGAUAGCAUCAACUAUACAAUCAUCUGUAGCAUUUUCAUUGUCAACUUUAGUCAGUAGUGUACUUAAUAUGAAACAAUUUUUCAAUCGAAAUAAAUGUAUACAACGACAAGAGCUAUCAAAUAUAGAAGAAGUACAAUCAUCAUUUCAACUUCUUUUAUGGCGUAAAGUUGAUUCAUUUUUAUUUCAACAAUCUGUAACUAGUACUACCAAUCAAAUUCAUCAACAUCAACGUGAUCGAUAUAUCAAUUAUCAUAAUCGUCUUGAAAAAAGCCAACUCUAUUCCUUAUUCAUUUCACCGAAUGGUAUUGAAUGUUAUGAAACCAAUUGUCAACCAUCUGUAUUUAUUGCAUCAUAUCAAUGUCAAACAAUAUUACAUAAUAAAAAUAUUGAUGCUAUUGAAGAAUCAUCUUUAAUGAGUGAUCAAGAUAUUAAACAAACUACUUCCUAUAUAUCUUUAACUAAUUUAUCAAAUAUAAUUGACCAUGAACCAAAUGUAUCUAGAAACGAGUCGAAUUCACAAUCAACAAGUAACAUGUUACUGCCUAAACCAUCAUUAUUUCUUGCUGAUAUUUUAAACAAAAUGACACAUGAACAACUUGCUAAAUCUAUUGCUCAAUUAACUAAAUUGCAUGCAACUCGUUCAAAAUCGAAUAUUACUCUUAAUAAAUUACAAAGAACUACAUCGCUUCCAGAUUUGAGUAAAAAACCAACAAAAUUACAUAGUGUUACUUCAUUAUUACUCGAACAAACACCAGAAAAAAUAAUUCAAAUAGAGAAUAAAAUUCCAUUAAUAGAUUCAACCAAACAAAAACAUAUUGCAGAAGAUAUGCUUUCAAUACCUAUCGAUUUAGAGACAUCAAGAGAUCAAUAUCGAAGUGACAUGAAUAAAAAGACAAGAUCAGCUGUUAUUGAUGACAAAUUUCAAACACCAGUGCAUAUUUCAGAACCAUUAGAUCAACAUAUCAUUUCAAAUCCUACAAAACUUAGAUCACUUCCGAAACGUAAAUUAUCUCAAGAAAAUCUACAAACAAUUCAUAUUAAUGAUCCACCAGGAACUACUUCUGCAAUGUCAUCACCCAUUGUACAUCCACUUAUAACAAAGCCAUCUCCAAUUUUAAUCGAAUCAAGUAAAUCUGAACUCGAUAAUGAUGUUGAAAAAGAAAAACUAAAUCGAAACGAACAUUUGCUCGACGUAGAACUUGACGAACAACAAUCAAAAUCAAAAUCAAAAUCUAAUAACAUAUUAAAAAUAGAUCAAAACAAUACCAAAAUUUCAAAUUUAUCAAAUCAGAUAGACGUAAAAACAUGUUCUUCAUCAUUCAAUUCGAUGACGAAUUCAAUAUCGAUUAAAAAUCAACCAUUUGAAAAAGAUAUCAAUCUCGAAAAUAAUAUGAAUCAAUCAUUGAAAAACUUUUCAUCAUGCAAUAAAAUAACAAAUCAUCCUUCUCAGAAAAAUCUUUUACUAUCAUCAAUACCAAUCAAAGAAAAACUGAUUUCAUCAUCGAGAUAUUUUCAAACAUCAAAUAAUAAAAAUGAAAAUGAACAUAAUUUGAAUAAUGUAAUGGAUCAUUUGGCUCAACAAGAUAUCAUUAUAUCAAAUACAAAUACCGAUCAAUCGCACAACAUCUCUUCUACGAAAUCUAACAAAACAAAACGAAUUUUACCAUUUAUGAAAAAAAAAUGA